AUACAUAUUGGCGCCAUUUUGGAGCUAGGAGGGGGAACGGAGCCGCAGAGGAGGAUACGAUUGACUACAGCUCAUCGUUAACAGGCAGUGAAGAGCUAAAGAGGAUGGCUCACUCUAAAGCUCGAGCCACAGAUGGGAAGGUGACCUACCCCCCGGGGGUCAAGGAGAUCUCAGACAAAAUUUCCAAAGAGGAGAUGGUCCGCAGACUCAAGAUGGUUGUGAAGACAUUCAUGGACAUGGACCAGGACUCUGAGGAGGAGAAGGAGCUGUAUCUCAACCUGGCCCUCCACUUGGCCUCAGACUUCUUCCUCAAACACCCAGACAAAGAUGUGCGCUUACUGGUGGCCUGCUGUCUGGCAGACAUAUUCAGGAUUUAUGCCCCAGAGGCACCUUACACCUCCCCAGAUAAACUGAAGGACAUUUUCAUGUUCAUCACCAGACAGCUGAAAGGACUGGAGGACACCAAAAGCGCUCAGUUCAACAGAUACUUCUACCUGCUUGAGAACAUAGCCUGGGUGAAGUCCUACAACAUUUGCUUUGAACUGGAGGACAGCAAUGAGAUAUUUACCCAGCUUUACAGAACACUUUUCCAAGUCAUCAACAAUGGCCAUAACCAGAAGGUGCACAUGCACAUGGUAGAUUUGAUGAGCUCCAUCAUCUGUGAGGGGGACACUGUUUCACAGGAGCUGCUGGACACAGUGCUGGUCAACCUGGUUCCUGCACACAAGAAUCUGAAUAAACAAGCAUAUGACCUGGCCAAAGCUCUGCUGAAGAGGACCGCACAAGCAGUUGAGCCUUACAUCACCAAUUUCUUCAACCAGGUGCUGAUGCUGGGUAAGACGUCAGUCAGCGACCUGUCCGAACAUGUUUUUGACCUCAUCUUGGAGCUUUAUAACAUUGACAGCCAUCUGCUGCUUUCUGUGCUACCGCAGCUAGAGUUCAAACUGAAGAGUAAUGAUAAUGACGAGAGGCUGCAGGUGGUGAAGCUGCUGGCUAAGAUGUUUGGAGCCAAAGAUUCAGAGUUGGCUGCACAGAACAAACCCCUCUGGCAGUGUUACCUCGGCAGGUUUAAUGACAUCCACGUGCCCAUCAGACUGGAGUGUGUGAAGUUUGCCAGUCAUUGUCUCAUGAAUCACCCAGACCUGGCCAAAGACCUCACAGAAUACUUGAGGGUCAGAUCACAUGACCCAGAAGAGGCCAUUCGCCAUGAUGUCAUCGUCUCUAUAGUAACUGCUGCCAAGAAAGACUUGUCACUAGUCAAUGAUGCACUGCUCAAUUUUGUAAAAGAGAGGACUUUGGACAAAAGAUGGCGUGUACGGAAAGAGGCCAUGAUGGGCCUGGCAUCAAUCUACAGGAAGUAUUCGCUGCAAGGCGAAGGAGGGAGAGAAGCCUCAAAGCAGAUUUCCUGGAUCAAAGACAAGCUGCUUCAUAUCUACUAUCAGAACAGUAUUGACGACAGGUUGUUGGUGGAGCGGGUUUUUGCCCAGUACAUGGUUCCUCACAACUUGGAAACGACUGAGAGGAUGAAGUGUCUUUACUACCUGUAUGCCACGCUGGAUACUAAUGCAGUCAAGGCCUUGAAUGAGAUGUGGAAAUGCCAGAAUCUGUUGAGACACCAUGUCAAAGAUCUGCUGGACCUGAUCAAAAAACCAAAGUCUGAAGCAUCAAGCAAGGCUGUAUUUGCCAAAGUCAUGGUGAUCACACGAAACCUACCAGACCCAGGCAAGGCUCAGGACUUUGUGAAGAAGCUUGCUCAGGUCCUGGAGGAUGAUGAGAGGAUCAGAGAUCAGUUGGAAACCUUGGUCAGCCCCAGCUGCUCCUGCAAGCAGGCUGAAGUCUGUGUGAGAGACAUCACUAAAAAGCUUGGCAGCCCUAAACAGCCCAGCAAUCCUUUCCUAGAAAUGGUCAAAUUUCUGCUGGAGAGAAUUGCGCCUGUUCACAUCGACACCGAGUCCAUCAGUGCCCUGAUCAAACAGGUGAAUAAAUCUAUAGACGGAACAGCGGAUGAUGAUGAGGAAGGUGUUCCCACUGAAGAGGCCAUUAGAGCAGGGCUGGAACUACUCAAGGUGUUGUCAUUCACACACCCAGUGUCAUUCCACUCUGCAGAGACAUUUGAGUCUUUGCUUGGCUGUCUAAAGAUGGAUGAUGAGAAAGUGGCAGAGGCUGCGCUGCAGAUCUUCAAAAACACAGGCAGCAAAAUGGAAGAGAGCUUCCCUCACAUUAAAUCUGUCUUGCUGCCGGUACUGCAGGCCAAAGCCAAGCGAGGCCCCCCUCGUCAGGCCAAAUAUGCUAUCCACUGCAUCAACGCCAUGUUCAGCAAUAGAGAGACACAUUUCGCCCAAAUAUUUGAGCCUCUGCUCAAAGGCCUGGACCCUGCUAACCUGGAGCAGCUGAUCACUCCUUUAACCACCCUCGGGCACUUGGCUCAGCUGGCUCCAGAGCAGUUUGCUGCACCGCUGAAAUCUUUAGUCGCCAACUUCAUAGUAAAGGAUCUGCUCAUGAACGACAGGGUCCCAGGUAAGAAGACAACCAAACUCUGGCUUCCUGAUGAGGAGGUGUCCCCAGAGACUUUUGCCAAGAUCCAGGGCAUUAAGCUGAUGGUGAGGUGGUUACUUGGAGUGAAGAACAAUCAGAGCAAGUCGGGCAACUCCACAUUAAGGAUGCUGACUGCUAUCCUGCACAGUGACGGAGACCUAACCGAGCAGGGCCGGAUGGGUAAACCUGACAUGUCAAGACUUCGGCUGGCAGCAGCGUGUGCACUGUUGAAACUGGCACAGGAGCCCUGUUACCACGAGAUCAUCACUCUGGAGCAAUAUCAGCUCUGUGCGCUCGUCAUCAACGAUGAGUGCUAUCAAGUGCGUCAGUGUUUCUCCCAGAAGCUCCACCGUGGUUUGUGCCGCCUGCGUCUGCCACUGGAGUACAUGGCAGUAUUUGCUUUGUGUGCCAAGGACCCUGUCAAGGAGAGGAGGGCUCAUGCUCGCCAGUGCUUGGUGAAGAACGUCAACAUACGCCGGGAGUACCUUAAACAGCACGCUGCCCUCAGUGACAAGUUGUUCUCCCUGCUGCCGGAGUAUGUGGUGCCCUACACCAUCCACCUGCUGGCUCAUGACCCAGACUACAUCAAAGUACAAGACAUCGAGCAGCUCAAAGAAAUUAAGGAGGCUCUGUGGUUUGUCCUCGAGAUCAUCAUGGCCAAAAAUGAAAAUAACAGCCACGCCUUUAUUAGGAAAAUGGUGGAAAACAUCAAACAGACAAAAGAUGCGCAAUCCCCCAGCGACCCCAAAACCAACGAGAAGCUUUACACGGUGUGUGAUGUAGCCAUAAAUAUUAUCAUGUCAAAGAGCACCACGUACAGCCUGGAGUCUCCAAAAGACCCUGUGCUGCCCUCGCGCUUCUUUACCAAGCCCGAUAAGAAUUUCAGCAACACUAAAAAUUAUCUCCCACCAGAGAUGAAGGCAUUCUUCACACCAGGGAAGCCAAAGUCGGCGAACGUCCUGGGUGCCAUAAACAAGCCGCUUGCCUCGGCAGGGAAGCAGUUACAAAGCAAAGCUUCUCGAAUGGAAACUGCCAGCAACGAUGAGGAUGACUCCGACCCGAACUCACCACAACGUAGCAAGACCAGGCAUGAUAGCACAGAGAUGGACUACAGUGAAAACGAGGACAUCAGCUUGAAGAGAGGAGACAGCACUGACAAGGACAUGGAGAAACCCCGCGGUCGCAAACGGGCCACUGUCUCAAGUGACGAUCCAGACAGCAAGCCAAAGCGUGGGCGCAAGAAGGCAGCAGUUAAUCCAACCGCAGUGAUGGAGUCUGAGGACCAGUGGGACGAAGACAAUCGGCCAGAAGAUGAACAGAACAGCCCACCUAAAAAGGGACGCAGGGGUCGACCUCCGAAAUCUGCUACAUCUAGCCAGGACUUGCCUGCCAAGGGAAAGAGGGGGCGAAAGAAGGCAGUGCCUCCUCCAGAGGAAGAAGAAGAAGAGGAGGAGGAAGAGGAUAGGGUGGAGGAGGAAGUGGAGGAUGAGGAUGACAGGCACAGUGAAAAUAUGGAGGUUAAGAGCAAAGGAGGGAGGCAAACUAGGGCGCCACGCCGAUCACAAGGCAGUUUGGAGUCGGCAGAGUCCACGCCACAGAAGAGGAGAGGACGUCCACCCAAAGCAAGUCAGCCACCUGCCAAGAAAACGCGUGGCGGACGAUCGAAAGCAGCUGCUGUUAAAGAUGACUCUGCGCAGGAAGAUGAAGAGGAGGAAGAGGAGCAGGAAGAGGAGCCCACGCCUAAGGGUCGCAAGAAACCCGGGCGACGAAGAUAAAUGAACUAAAAGAGGAAGGACAACAAAAAAUGGUGUGUCUGCUCUCUUUAAAAAAAAUUGGAUGAAUGUCGUAGGAAAGAAGACAUGGACUUUGAACUUUUUUUUUUUUUUUUUUUUUCAUACACCAACGCUCCUACUGUUACGGAUUGACGACACGCUUGCAUAUUUCACGUGCAAAUGACAUCAGUACAUCCGUGGCACCCACCGUGGGUUGUUGCAUUGUGUUGCAUUGUGAUGAUGUUCACCAUAUAAGUAGACAUUUUAACAGAAAAACAAAAACAAAACAAAAAAGGACUUGUAAAUAUUCUGUUAUGUCUGUUUCUUGUUCUGUUGUGUUGAUGAUGCUGACUGGGGGGGAUGCUGUACAGCCUUUACGCACCGUCAUUAUUAUAAAUGUGCUCCCUUAAAGCAAUAUCGAUCAUCCAGCUUCCCUAUGUGGCCCACUUUUAAAACAAAGAGAUUCACCCUGAAUGUUUUGUAAUGUUGUCAUUUUAUUGCUCCUUUUUGUUUACAUCUCUGUAUAUUAAAACAUUUUUUAAACCAUGGAAUGGAAAAUUUAAACGUCGUCUGAAACCUGUCCAGAUGUAGAAAUGGCUCAAUGGGGUUGUAGUGUGUGUCUCAUUUCUAGGUGUUACUGGUAGACUUCAGCUGUUGUAUUGUUUGUCACUGCUAAUUCACUUUGGCUUCACAUCCACCCAGUCAGAGCCUCUGUUGUAUCAAUAUAAUUCUCUAUAAAACCUGA